CGGAUGGCCACUUUCCUAACCAUACUCACGGAUGGCAUGGAUUGUCGUUGCAGCUGGAUGCCAUCCUGGUAUGUACUUUGACAUCUUCCUGCGGAGAUGUGUCAAUUGCACACGAGGAUCCUUCCAGUCUCAACGCUCGGAGACCUUCUGCUUUCGCUGUCCUGGCAACAAGACGACGCUGUACUCUGGCACACGUGACCUGUCUCAGUGUAGAGAAACAAAAUGCGGUGGAAACCUGACAUCAAUGUCAGGCGUCAUCACAUCCCCAAACUACCCCGACGCCUACCCUCGCUUCCUGGAAUGUACCUGGACAAUCCAUCCGCGAAGAGGGCGCAACAUCUUGCUUCUUAUUCCAAGUAUCUCGCUUCCGACCACGCCCGACUGCUCGGACUAUCUGACGAUGCGGGAGAGUUCGAGUCCUUACUCUGUGUUUACAUAUUACGCGUGUGAGUCCUUCGAUCAGCCCGUGGCGUUAGUGUCACGCUCCAAGAACCUCCAUAUCAAGUUUAAGUCGAGCCAGAACAGCAUGGCGGAGGGAUUCAAAAUAUUUUAUGUCACAUUUGAAGAGCGUUUCAGGAACAUUGUGAAACACAUCGUUGAAGACGGGGAGUUGUAUGCAAAUGAAACAAACAGACGACUGCUUCAGGAUGAGACUCUUGUGCGCCAAAUUCUGGACGUGAUAGUAGACCCAUCGAGCUUUGAAUAUUCAGUCAGCUCCAAUCGCUUACACAGCAAGAUUCCAAGUGGAUUGCUAAAGUUCAUUGAAAAUAAAGUGUACGACUUUUUCUCGAACGUCAGUCCUUACAGGAAAAAGCGAGCAACACAGAGAUCAACUUUCGUCUGAUUCGUUACCUGUUUGUAGUGUUCAAUUACAAGUAGUUGGCUCUGUCCUCAGUUAGGAGCUUAAUAGGACAAGUGAUCAUAGGAAACGAUCAAUAACCGACGGGCAUUAUAAGGGUAUUGGAAGCAGAAAGACAGAUCUAGGAACUGGAAUGUGUUUCCAAAUGACUUUAGUGGCCUUUAAGCCUUGGCACACUGUAAGCAGACAGAUGGGUAUUAUGAUACUUCCUAGAAUAAGUUAUAGGGGUCAGAGAUGACAA